GGGUGCUAUUCGAUUGUUUUUCGGUGUAUUUUUUGGUUUUUUUAGAGUAGAAGGAGACUGGAAGGACAUCAACACUCAUUCUAAUUUGAAUGUAAUUCCAGACUCUUUUCCUUAGGUAAUUGAUCGCUCCAGUGCGGCGGGGCGGGCUACAACAUUUGUUUAACCUACGUAUAGCUCUGAUCUCCCGCUCUCUUCCGCUUCCACUGCCGCGAAGUGCAUUGACAGCUACACCUUACUACACACAUCACACCAUGUUUACCGGUCUUGUCGAAACAAUCGGGACGGUCUCGUCCCUCGAGCCUCUCGACACCUCCGCCAGCGGGGGCGGGGGUACGUCCUUGACCAUCACCAACUGCGAAGAGAUCCUCACCGACGCCCAUCUCGGCGACAGCAUCGCAGUAAACGGAACCUGUCUAACAGUAACCGCCUUCGACAAAACCUGGUUCAAGGUCGGCGUGGCCCCCGAAACCCUGCGUCGCACGAACCUAGGCUCCCUGAGCACCAACUCCCGGGUGAACCUCGAGCGCGCGGUCCUCAGCGAAACCCGCAUGGGCGGCCAUUUCGUCCAGGGCCACGUCGAUACCAUCGCGACCAUUCUCUCUGUCACGCCCGACAGUAAUGCGCUGGUGUUGCGGCUGCAGCCGCGUGACCGGGGCGUCUUGCGGUAUAUUGUGGAGAAGGGCUAUGUUACGCUGGAUGGGGCCAGUUUGACGGUGACCAAGGUGGUCGAUGGCGAGGAGGGGUAUUUUGAGAUUAUGCUUAUUGCGUAUACGCAGGAGAAGAUUGUGACGGCUUCGAAGAAGGUCGGGGAGGAUGUGAAUGUGGAGAUUGAUAUUGUUGGGAAGUAUGUGGAGAAGAGUGUGCAGAGUUACUUUGCCGGGGUUGGGGGCGGGGAUUUUGCGAUUCUGGAGAAGAUGGUGUCCAGAAUUGUGGAGGAGAAGUUGAAGAAAUGAGGCAUGGUCGAGUAUAUGAGGUUAUGAUCGUGAUGUAUAGAUUGCUUUACUAACUACUAUUGUGUUGUCGAUUGAAAUGCCAAUUACUUUUUAUUGCUUUUCAACAAAGGGUAUAAUCUGGUCACCUAAAUGAUAGUCUAUUUAUAACACCCUCCGACCCCAGUCUCCGUGAGAUACCUGUUUAAGAUGCUUGGAGUCUUUUG